AUGGGGCCGGACGACAAAGUUCGCGACACUCGAUCGCAGUCCUUUUCAAACGCCGCACGGCCCAUUCCGACCGCAGUCGCGCGAUGCCUGGAUCGUGUGCGACAGUCUUUACAAGUUACGUUCAAGGAAUUCGUCGCAGACGGCCGCCAGUGUAAAAACAGCGACGCGCGCGGCGCAGCCGAGGACAGCUGCGGGCUCGUUCAGAUUCGCUGCCGCGACGCGCAGCGCGAUCAGAUCGUCGCAUUCUGUCGUGACCAUGCGACCAACGGCCGCGCGGGCAGCUUAUACGUUUGCGGCUGCCCGGGAACAGGAAAGACCUUGAUGCUGUCGCAGGUGGCGAAGGAGGUGUCGACGUGGACUAACGCGGUUGGCCAGCCCCUGUGCGUGCCGGUAUACGUCAACUGCAUGGCGCUCACCGACCCCGCCGACCUCUUCCCCCAGAUGGAACGCGCCAUAGCAGCAGCCGAGGCUGCGCAUCACAGCUCUCCCGCUAGCUACAGCAGGCGGAAGGGCGCGCAGCGGCGAGGGGGCACAGGGAGAGCGCGGACGAGCGGGGAUGGCGAAGGGGCGAGAGAGGCCGUGCUGUCGCUGCUGCAGCAGGAGGUGCAGGAGGAGCGGGCGGAGCAAGCGGAGGGGAUCGCGUCGCGGUUGGUUGAGUGCGAGGGUGCGAGGGAUGCAACUGAGGAGGCGAGGUCUUCGGGGGAGGAUGAUGACGUGGUGGAAGUGGUGGCAGCAGACACACGGCACGCAGGGGCUGCAGGGCAUGCAGGCAAUGCAGAGCCGCACGCCGCAGGGAAGGGACGGGUGACGCAGGGGAAGGGAGGUGGCAGAAUGGGGGAUAAGGGUGGCGGAGGAGCAAGGAGAGUGCUGCGGCUGAGGGAGGGAGAGGCGGGGAAAGGGCAGGGGAGCGGGAGAGCCAUUGCUGGUGGUGAUAAGCGGUGUGGUGAUGGGGCCACGCGCGAGUGUGAUGGGAGCAGUGGUGGUGGCAAGAGUGGGAGGAAACCUAUGAUACUGGUGGUGGCGGACGAGGUGGAUCAGCUGGUGAGGGGAAGGGACACCUCCGUGCUCACCGACCUCUUCCUCCUGCCCUCCCUCCACGCCCACUCGCGCUGCAUCCUCAUUGGCAUAUCCAACUCCAUCCAUCUUAUCGACUCCCUGCUGCCACCUCUCUCCCGCCCCAACUCAUCGGGAGUGACAGCACGCCCAGCACUGCUGCCAUUCCCAGCGUACGAUCGCAAUCAAAUCUACGAAAUCCUCUCCCAGAGGCUCCAGGCGGCCACUGGAGGGAAGCUAGUGGGCGCAGGAGCAGCGCGUGGGGCAGCAGCGCGUGGGGCAGCAGCGCGUGGGGCAGCAGGGGAGGGAGGGGCACGGGAGAGCGCGUGCACGUCGUUCUCCUUUGACCCCAUGGCGCUGCAUCUCUGUGCUCGGAAAGUGGCAGCAGCGUCAGGGGACAUGAGGAAGGCCCUUGACAUCACCAGAAUGGCAGUGGAUGUGCUAGAGGCAGAGCUCAGCGCGCAGCUCAGGGAGGUGCACACGGGGGAGGUAGAUGCGAGGGAGGCGGAUCCGAGGGAGGCCCUGCCUGCUGCAGGCCCACCUGCUGACGGCGCUGCUGGGGCAGCAGGGGACGGCAGGAGCGGCAAGCGGGCGGCAGGGAGGGAGGCAGUGGGGCAGGCGACGGGCAAGAGGCAGCGAGGGGAGGCGGUGGCGGUGGCGGUGGGGGUGCAUCGAGGGGAGGCGGUGUCCCUGCAUGUGCAGUUGGAGGUGCAUCACAUGGCGCAGGCCCUCUCCCGCUCCUUCGCUUCAUCCACUGUCGACUGCAUUCGCUCGCUGCCACUGCACCAGCAGAUGGUGUUGGUAGCGUGUGUGCAGCAGCACCAGCAGCACAGGGCAAGGCACCGCUUCAUCACCAAGGCCAAGCCUCCCUCCACACCCAACGACUUUCUCCUCUCCCAGCUGUACAGCAUGUAUGCGGGCUUGGCACGCUCGCUGCAUGUGCCGGGUGUCACUCUUAACGAGGUCACUGACAUGUGCGCCAUACUGCACGGCCAGGCUCUCUUGCAAGUGGUGGGAGUUGGAAGGAAUGCUGCACGCUCGCAAGCCAAGUGCAAAGUGAUGCUCAAAGCCAGUGCCAGCGACGUCAUCUUUGCGCUCCAGGGCCGGAAUGCACUAUCUGACAAUGCCAUGCUUCACUCCAAGCAGAUACUCAGAAGCGAAUCGCACGUGCAUCCCGAUUUUGAUUCCUUCCCCAUGCAAGCCCCGAAUUCAUCACCAAUUGCCAUUUGGCUCCUAAUCGCGUCGCCCGUGUCAGCCUCCCUUGCUUCGCGUUGUCGCACGCUGUGCGCUUCCCGCCCCUCCGUCCCCUCCCGUUUUUCUUUUUUCCGUAUCCUCUUCUUUUCUAUCUCGUUCUUGCAUUUCGCCUCAGACAGCAUGGAGGCGUCGCACGAGGCGCUGGCGAAGGGCAAGGUGAUUGGCGACGUGCUCGACGACUUCGUGCCGUCUCUCGACAUCAAGGUGAAGUACGGUGGCAGGGAGGUGCGAAACGGUGACGAGUUGACGCCCAGCGAGGCAGCAGAAGCGCCAUACGUCGAGCUGGCGGGGCGACACGAGAACGGGGACCUCUACACCCUCGUGAUGUCGGACCCAGACGCCCCCAGCCCUGACAACCCCGUGGCGGCUGAAUGGCUGCACUGGCUGGUGGUGAACAUACCAGGAGCAGCAACACUCCCACACAGCAGCGCAGGCGACCUGUUAACAGAAUACAAGGGCCCCACCCCCCCUAUGGGCAUGCACCGCUACGUGCUCCCUCUUCCGCCAGUCCCAGCGCGUCACCGCCCACCCUCCUGCUGCACGCAAGGGCUUUAA